AUGUUACUGCCACACCCCUCGUUUGUUGGCCGCUUCUUUCAGUGCCGCUCAAAGGAAAUGGCCGGGGAUCGGUUAUGGGAAGACAGGAACAAUCGGUUCAUAACGAUUUUUGUCAGUGAGUGGGGUGGGGUGACGGCUCUUUCCACCUCCACGGCUGUCAUUUGGUGUCUGCACUCAAUUUAUGGACUCAGGGCUUUGUGCCGAUGUUACCCCUUUAGGACUGCGAACAAAACGCGUGUUAACACGAAUAUUUGUUUCAUCCUACAGGUUUAUAAGUGCUUCGCCAUCUCUGCGCGCUGCCUCUAUGUUUCUCCCUUUUGGAUGUGUUGCUUUUCGGCCCCUGACUGCCAGCCAGUCGGGCCCCUUUGUGGUGUUGAUUUCGUUGUCACGUGCACGGCAGAAGUGCCUCGGCUGGGCAGACGUUCGUGGGCUUUGAUCGCUUUGUUUUUGGGCGUGUACGUCCUCGUAGUCCGGGGUCUCUUCUGCAGUUGGGGGGGGGGGACCUCCAGUAUUUGA